GUUUCUGUCAAUCCAAUGCACUACAUUGCAUUGUCAGAAACUACAAUUUAUUUUUAUCAAAUCCAUAACCAGAAUGAUAACAAGAGUGUAUGAAUGUAAUAUAAUACAAACAAAGAGCAGCUGAUGAUUCAUUUAUCUUGUCAAACUCGAUAAAAGGAGAGGAAAACAGUAACGCAGUGUGCAUUAACCGGCCGUGGACGUGCACAGACUGUAGUAUUUACCGUGUAAUUUUAUUUUAUUCUGCUUCUUGCCAUGAACGAAGACCCACUACUAUUUUUACCUGUGGAACGAUGGGGUGAUCUCAUGAACGAGUUUAAAAAAGUAUUGCCUCGAGGAAUUUCGGGGUAUACUACGCUUGACAUUGGAUUAUGUGUCCUUAAAAACGGUGCUGAUUAUGGAUUCAAAGUGUAUUGUCCUUACGGUGAUGUGUCCAAUGGCUUUGUAGGCAUUAAUAAAAAAGCUGAGUUCAAUGAAGUUAUUAUUCAAUCCCCUAAAGACGAUACGGGUGAGCUCGUAAAAGCUCUUCAGGAAACAAAAAUCAUUAACUGGUAUCAACCUAUGGAAAUUCCAUUUGCACCACAACACAUAAAAAAUGUCUUGUACGCAAUACAGAGCGAGAGGAAUUUUGAAUUUAGCAGUAUUACAUCAACCGAAACGUUUUAUUUGGAAGACGAUGCACCUAUCUAUGAUGUCACAUUGCCACCAGAUUUUACAUUCAAGCUCUUACCAAUGGAGUACGCCAAACUAGUAGACGAUGUGUGGCCUCACCGCUACCCAUCUUCGUUGUGGUACUUCGAGCUCUUAAUAAAGGCCCAACUUGGUUACGGACUUUUCCACAACGACGAACUUAUUGCCUGGUGUUUCGUGAAGGAAAUGGGCGCGCUUGGGCACCUCUAUACAUUGGAACAGCACAGAAGGAAAGGAUACGGUGAAAUGGUGCUAAAGCUAAUGUCAAAUAGACUGAGAGAAGACGGGAAAAAAGUCGUGGCGUUCUGUGUUAUUGGCAAUGAGAGCGCUAGGAAGAUGUAUGUGAAACUCGGGUUUAGUUUGACGGAAACAGUUCAUUGGUGUAAUAUUAAACCUAAAUCAAAUGAUUGAGUGAAAGGAUUGUAUUGAAAUUAAAACAAACAUGAUAAACCAAUUGUGAUAUAAGUCUGAACUCUGUUAUUACUCACAUAGAGUAAUUUUUAAAAUAUGAUCUGUCUGUAACAGGUGAUGUUAAUGGUAAUUCAAAGGAUUUAUAUUGCAUUUGAUUUAUAGCAGAGAUCAAGGUGAUAUUUAAUGAUGAUUUCGCUGAUGGAAUAAUAUAAUCAUACCGUCACUAUAUAUCUUAAUCUAGUUCGUCUAUAUACAUAAUUAAUAAUUGUAAAAAUCUUAAUAAAUUAU